AUGAGUAUCUCCAACAAGCAACAAUACACUGCUGGGACGCGAACAUCGAUCCGUCCGGCCGCCGACUUUGGACUCGAGCUUCACCCUGGUAUUGAAGAUCUCAUAUACGACAGUACUGCAUUAGCUCGAGCCUAUGGUGGAGCUUCCCUCAGAGAAAUCUUCGCGACCAAGCUUGUGACGAUAUGUGUCAUCACUGCGUGUGUUGGAGGCCUCCUGUUCGGUUUCGAUCAAGGUCUUCUAUCCAUCAUCUUGGUAAUGCCAAAGUUUUUGGGGGACUUCCCGGCAAUUGAUGAGUCUAUGUCGACCUCGGCUAGUUUCAAUAAAGGAUUGAUGACUGCCAUGUUGGAACUCGGGGCUUUCAUUGGAGCGAUCUUUGUUGGAUUUGUUGCGGACAAAUAUUCACGAAAGGUUUCCAUUGGGGUGGGGCUUGCUUGGUUCGUCGUCGGUUCAACCAUCCAGACGGCUUCUUUCAGUGUUGCUCAGCUCAUUGUUGGUCGAACCCUCGGAGGUAUUGGCAUCGGUAUGUUAUCCUGUACGGCUCCGAUUUACGUUUCUGAGAUUGCACCUCCAAAUGUCAGAGGUGCUCUCUUGGUCAUGGAGCAGUUCAUGAUCGUUUUCGGCAUCGUCGUCAUGUUUUACAUCACUUACGCGACAAGAGUCAUCGAAUCUGAGUGGUGUUACCGUCUUCCUUUUUUACUUCAAAUGAUACCAGGAUUCUUCCUUGGCGGUGCCCUUUUCGUACUGCCGUACUCCCCACGAUGGCUUGCGAGUAAAGGCCGUGAUCAGGAAUGUCUCGACACCCUUGUUCGACUUCGAAAUCUGCCACCGACCGAUCCCCGGGUACAAGCGGAAUGGAUCACAAUCAGAGUUGAGGCUACGCAUAAUCACGAGGCUUUGAUUCUGCGACACCCCAACCUGGUGGCCACUGGUUUCAAGACCGAGCUCAAGCUUGAGAUCGCCAGUUGGGUAGACAUGUUUAGACCUGCUGUCAUUCGACGAACAAUGAUCGGGGUCAUGCUCAUGUUCUUCCAACAAUUCAUCGGUAUCAAUGCCCUCAUAUAUUACAGCCCGACACUGUUCAAAACACUUGGUUUGAACUCCGCCCUCCAGCUCCAUAUGAGUGGUGUCAUGAACGUUCUACAACUGAUUGCUGUCGUCGUUGCUUUCUUCAUCUUUGACCGGGUUGGAAGACGUCCUCUCCUCUUAUUUGGUUCCAUUGGUAUGUGUGCAGCCCACACCAUUGUUGGGAUCAUGAUCGCUCUCUACUCGAAUGAUUGGCCCAGUCAUUCUGGACAGGCAUGGUGCGGUGUCACUUUCAUCUUGAUCUAUAUGCUUUUCUUUGGUCUCUCUUGGGGUCCUGUUCCUUGGGCAAUGCCAGCUGAAGUUCACGCGUCGAGCUACCGAGCCAAAGGGGUUGCUCUUUCUACUUGCACAAAUUGGCUUUGUAACUUCAUUAUCGGUCUUAUUACCCCCCCUAUGAUCCAAAACAUCGGGUACGGUACUUUCGUGUUCUUCGCCGUCUUUUCCUUCCUUUCCGGUGUCUGGGCCUGGUUCAUUGCUCCCGAGACCAAGGGACGAUCCCUCGAGCAGAUGGAUCAGGUGUUCCACUCACACGCUGCAGCUCACGACCAAGAGAUGAAAGAACAAAUCACUAGCAUCGUACUCGGCCACGGUACCCGAAACGCAAGAUUGACAUCAGCCAGCCACUCCGAUGAGAAGAUUGGCGAUGUUUAUAUCGAGAGACAGUAG